CCCACGAUGCAGUCGCUUCUUCCAGGCUGCGUCCAAGUCUGGGUAGGGGGACGGCUUUUUGCAGCUGACAAGGCCUUGUUGGUGGAAAACAGCGGCUUCUUCUGUGGCCUGUUCCGGUCAGGGAUGCAAGAGGUCACCCAAGGUGAGAUCCACCUUGGGGUGCUGAGCGCUAGUGGCUUCCAGACAACAUUGCAGGUCUUGGGUGGUCAGCGACCAGCCCUGGGGGAUGAGGAGGAGCUGCUUCAAGCUGUGGAAUGUGCUGCCUUCCUGCAGGCCCCCCCACUGGCCCGCUACCUUAUCCACAGUCUCACCUCAGACAACUGUGGGGCAUUGUGCGAGGCCGCCUUUGUCUUCGGCCUAUGGGAUGUGUUCCACCGGGCGGCACUCUUCAUUCGGGAUGGUGCCCCUGAGAUGGCUGAUGAACUGUCCCCAGAAGUGCGGGCCUAUGUGGAGGCCCUGAGACCCAGCAGCUUCGUGGCUGUUGGUACCCACACACCCACUCCUCAGUACCUGGAGGAUGUGACUCGAACCCUGUGCUACCUGGAUGAGAAGGAGGACAUGUGGCGGACUCUGGUGUCCCUGCCGGUGGAGGCCAGCACUUUGCUGGCCGGAGUCACCACGCUGGAUAACAAACUCUAUAUUGUGGGUGGUGUCCGGGGGGCCAACAAGGAAGUUGUGGAGCCUGGCUUCUGCUAUGAUGCAGACCGGGGCACCUGGCAGGAGUUCCCCAGCCCCCACCAGGCUCGCUAUGAUGUGGCAUUGGUGGGCUAUGAGGGCAGCCUCUAUGCUAUUGGAGGAGAAUUCCAGAGGGUGCCUCUGAGGUCAGUGGAGCGAUAUGACUUUGUCUCUGGCUGCUGGAACUUCAUUGCAGACCUCCCCCAGCCUGCCGCUGGGGUCCCUUAUGCCCAGACCUUAGGUCGCCUCUUCAUCUGUCUGUGGCAGCCUGCAGACACCACGGCCGUGUACGAGUACAAGACCCAGGCUGAUGCCUGGCUUCCUGUGGCAUCGCUGAGGAGGCCCCAGAGCUAUGGGCACUGCAUGGUGGCGCAUCGAGACAACCUCUAUGUGGUCCGGAACGGACCCUCUGAUGACUUCCUCCACUGCGCCAUCGACUGCUUGAACCUGACCACGGGGCAGUGGACGGCCCUGCCGGGCCAGUUCGUCAAUAGCAAGGGGGCGCUUUUCACAGCUGUGGUGAGAGGGGACACCAUCUACACUGUCAACCGGAUGACCACCAUGCUCUACAGUGUUGGCAAUGGCUCCUGGAAGCUGCUCAGGGAGAAGGCUGGGUUCCCCAGGCCGGGCUCACUGCAAACCUUUCUCCUCCGGCUGCCUGAUGUGACCCUGGCCCCUGCGGUCUCCUCCCCAGAGCCAUGA